UUCAGACACAUCCCUAUCUUGGAAGGAUUUUUCCGUUUAUCCCAACCCCACUCAAAGCCACGUCAUCAAUAGUGCAACAUACCUUGCAUCGGACGUGUUGGGGGCAAGUGUCAGCGCCACCUUUACUAACGCGAGCGCACUCAUUGUUUAUGGACCAUGUUUUUGGGGUUGUGGGAAGUAUAACGUUACUUUUGACAACGACCCCGUUGUACAAUAUGAUGGAAUGCUUCCGGCAUCCCCUGGAGUAAUUUCGGAACAAUGCCAGAAAGCCAUCGUUGGACGACCUUGAAUUUGAUAGAGUUUGUUCAUGUACCGCAGGAGCCCACAGCUCCGGUGGCGUCUAUCUCGUCGACGUUUACCCCGUCAACAUUUACUUCUGUCUCAUCCACGUCUACCACAUCAACAUUGAGAGCCGCGCCGCCAUCGGCAUCCAGCCAACAAUAUGGCGGUUCUUCCGACCGCCGUGGCGCAAUAGCCGGUGGGAUCGUAGGCGGAGUUGUCGCCAUCGGUAUCGCUGUAUUUCUCAUCGCCUGUUCCCGCCGCCUGGUUUUCAGGGGUCUAUUCCACAAAUUCAGGCACGUUAGCCGCUUUAGCUGCGGGGGGCGCUCCAACGGCCUAGAUACCCCAGGAGAAACGAGAACCGAUCGUUUAGGAAAUGAAGCUGCUCCUGUUGCGUCAAGUGGUGCAUUGUUCCCUUCAGACUGCCGUGCGGACACGCAGCAAGGGGACAUCUUGAAUGCGGGGCAUAGUGCGCCACCGUCAAUGACUCCGAGGAUGCAUACUACUGAAGACUCUACGCAUCCCAUUGCAUCAUAUUGGAGCAGGAGGACAGUGCAAAGGUCGCCAGGCAAUGCCCCACCUUCUGCAUUCCACACGGAGGGGUGCAGAGCUACUAGACUAAGCGGUACGAUUCGAAAUUCACACACGGUAACUCAGAACGAAGCAGAUACUGCCAACUCAGAGUUCACCACCAGUCUGCAGCCUCAGAAUCCCGAGAUGUUACUGUUCGCCCCUACUCCCCGCUCUGACUUUCAUCGAGCACAUGUGGGAUCAACCUCACCCACUCAAGGCAUUCCACUUAUGUCAAAUUCAACACCACCAUCAUCCUUUUUACAAAACUUCAACGUCUCGUCGUUCGCCCUUCAUGAUCGACUUUCAACUUCAUCUACGCAACAAUCAUCAGGCGAAAUUGGCAGGGUAUCGUCGCCCAGCCUAACGCAGAUCUCAAUGGCUGUGAAUGAAAUAUUGGUAGAACUCGCUAAGUUACGGAUCACACCGGGCGAACCUGUCGACGAGGGCGCUGAUCCUGCUUUUCAUGAUGAGGAGGCUCCCCCGUUGUAUGGAACGCACGACAGUGCACUGUACACACAUGAAAUGCUCCGUUCCAGCAGUAAUGGUAGUCACUGAUUGAGUUAAGGGGGGAGGUUCCACCCGGUUGUUCGAAGACAUUGGGAUUUUUGUUUCUCUCCGGUGCGUAGUUAUUUAUCGGAUAGCGGAAUGUCUCGUUUGUUAGAGUAUUAGUAUGUUUUGUUUAUAAGUUGAGUCUCCUAGUGGUACUAGCCGCCAAUGGUGUGUCGUAUUGCCUCCCUUAAACUCCACUGCAGGGAAAUGUUUUUACGCACCGGCUUGUUAACCAGAUUGAUGAGAU